AUGCAGUCGUAUCUGCAGUAUCGAAGACUUGGAAAUGCGAUUCGACCGCAGCCCGGGAAUCCCCCGGCCGUCACGGCCGUGAAGGAGACGUCGAGUCCAAACGACCAAGUCUCCUCUGUUCCAACAACCCUGACGGCGAAUUCACCUGCCCGGCAAGAAUCUCAAGACUUCGAGAAUUCCACCCCCGAUUUAUCGUCCGCUGGUGUCGAUGUCCAGAAACAGCUCGGAUCAAAGGAUCAGCCGGCCCACCUCUUGAUUGUCGGCUGGGAGGGCGAGAAUGAUCCUCAGAAUCCGCGAAAUUGGAGUCUAUCCAGCCGGCUGACUGCUACCUUACUCGUCUCGGCAUUGGGAUGGGUCGUUGGAGCGGCAUCUUCGAUCAACUCGGGUGUUUUGCCGCAGACUACGGCGGCAUUUCACGUCAGUGAUGUUGUCGGGUCUCUUGUUACAGGCCUAUACCUCCUUGGUUUUGCAGCCGGCUCCCUCGUCAGCGGGCCUCUCUCCGAAAUUCUAGGCCGAAACGCAGUCUACACAGGCUCACUGACCCUCUUCAUGAUUUUCAUCAUGGGCGCAGCCCUUGCCCCCAACAUCGGCGCCCUCCUCGCCUUCCGCUUCCUCGCCGGUAUCUUCGGCUGUCCCCCAUUAACCUGCGCCGGCGGCACGAUUGCCGACCUAUGGAACCCGCUCGAGAAAACAAUCUACUUCCCCAUGUACGCGGUCCUCUCCUUCGGCGGCCCCGUGCUCGGUCCCGUCCUCGCCUCCUACAUGGGCCAGACGGGCGUUCUAUCCUGGCGCUGGACGAGCUGGAUUAUCUUCAUUGGAUCCGGUGCGAUUUUCGUGCUGAUCGUUUUCUUCCAGCCGGAGACAUACACGCCGCUUUUGUUGAAAUGGAAGGGAAGGCAGUUGAGGUAUGUCAGUGGGGAUGACCGGUUUCGCUCGGAGAUGGAUAUGGAGAAAAUUGAUCUUCUUGCUCGCAUUGGGAGUGCGAUGAAGAGGCAGUUUCUCAUUACAAUCCAUGAACCGAUUAUCCUGCUUAUCUCGCUGUAUAUGACUGUGUUGUAUAUUGUGUUGUUUACCUUCUUUGACGGGUACACCUGCAUCUUCACAGAUACAUAUGGUAUCUCUCAGGGUCUGACGAAUAUCGUUUGGGUUGCCAUGUAUGUUGGGAUUAUGUUGGCUGCGCUCCUUGUGCCGCUGGUCUAUCGCUGGACGAAGAAGGAUUUCACGCAGGCGGCUAUGGCUGCUAAGGGCGCCGACCCAAUGCUUGAUCCGCAUGCUCUGGAUGGCGUGCACACGCAGCCGGAGAUCCGGCUUUGGUUUGCCAUGUUUGGGGCACCUGCCAUCCCAAUUAGUCUAUUCUGGAUGGGCUGGACGGAUUUUGCCUCGAUCUCGAUUUGGUCGCCCAUCAUCGCAUCUGGAUUGUUUGGGUUCGGGACUAUUUGCGUCUUCAUCAGCUCGUACAUGUACGUGAUCGACUCGUAUGAUAUCUACGCCGCAUCAGCGUUGGGCUUCAUGACGGUUUCGCGGUACUGUGCUGCGGGUGGAAUGACCAUCGUCGGUAUUCCGUUCUACCAGAAUAUGGGUGUUCAUUGGACAUUGACUAUACUGGGCUGUAUCAGUGCGAUCAUGGUUCCUGUGCCAUAUGUGUUCUAUCGGUAUGGCCCUAUUAUUCGGCGGUGGAGUCGGUAUGCUGUUACGGAGGAGGUGAAGGUAUAA